AUGGCUUCGCUGAAUGUGCUGAUGGUGGCCGAAAAGCCACUGCUUGCCGAAUCAAUUGCGAAAAUUCUUGCUAGUGGAAGAAUUGAAAAGAGAAGGGGUUGGAAUAAUGCCUGCUCAAUUUCGGAAUACCGUGGCAAUUUCCAAGGUCAGCCAGCUCGCUUCAAGGUGACGAGUACAUGCGGUCAUAUAAUGUCUUUGGAUUUUCCAUCUAGGCUCAAUGACUGGGAGAAAGUAGAUCCAAUUCAGUUGUUCGCAUCACCAACAGAAAAAAAAGAAGCAAAUCCAAAAUUGCGUAUGAAUAAGUAUCUGGCUUUGGAAGCAAAGGGCUGUGAUGUCCUCGUCCUGUGGUUAGAUUGCGAUAAAGAAGGAGAAAACAUUUGCUUCGAAGUGAUUGAAGCAGUCAAAAAUUCCAUUAGGAGAUCAAGAACAGGAAACUUAAUGGAAAAUAUUUAUAGAGCUCAUUUUUCUGCGAUAACUCCAAAAGAUAUUAAAUUUGCAAUGCGUAAUCUUGGACGACCAAAUGUUAAUGAAAGUUUGUCUGUUGACGCACGUCAAGAGUUAGAUCUGAGGAUCGGCUGUGCUUUUACUCGUUUUCAAACACGAUAUUUUCAAGGUAAGUAUGGCGAUCUGGACAGUACAACCAUAUCUUUCGGACCUUGUCAGACACCAACAUUAGGAUUUUGUGUUACCCGUCAUGAUUUGAUUACACAGUUUAAACCAGAACCAUUUUGGGUUCUAGAAGCAAUUUUCGAAACCCCAGAAGGCCAUGUAAUAAAACCAGUUUAUGCUCGGGGUCAUAUAUUCGACAAAAGUGUUUGUCAGCUUUUUCUUGAUCGGAUAAAGAAAGUGAAUCAAGGUGUAGUUACUGAUGUGAGCAGUUCGCAGUGUCGGAAAGAGCGCCCACAUGCUCUUAAUACCGUUGAUUUGCUGAAGUAUGCUAGUAGUGGUUUAGGACUUAGUCCAUCGCAGACUAUGAGCGCUGCGGAAUAUCUGUAUACCAGAGGUUUUAUUAGUUACCCACGAACAGAAACUACAGCUUAUCCUUCAAAUUUUGAUUUUUUUGGUGCUUUGCAACAGCAGAAAAAUGAUAAACGCUGGGCAGACAUAGUAAACAAGGUGUUGCUAGAAGGAAUAACAAAACCUAUCAAAGGUGAAGAUAAAGGCGAUCAUCCCCCAAUAUCACCUUUGCGAGGCGAUGAUGGUUCCCUUACUGGAGAUGCUUUGCGAGUAUACGAGUAUGUUACACAACAUUUCAUUGCGACAUUAAUGAGGCCUUGCACAUAUCGUGUUACCACCGUGAGGAUCAGCGUUGCAAAUGAAGUAUUCACUAUAAAAAAUAAAUUUGUUAUCGACUCGGGUUAUACGGAAAUUUUAACCUGGCAGGAAAUCAAAAAUGAUGCUCAGUCAUUUAGAAUACGAAAAGGCACGAAGCUUUUUUUGAACGAACAUUCAACAGUUCCACCAGAUUAUCUUACUGAGUCGGAGUUAAUCUCACUGAUGGAAAAACAUGGCAUCGGAACUGAUGCUUCGAUUCCUGUUCAUAUUAGUAACAUUUGUCAGCGCAAUUAUGUCACCGUUGAAUCGAGAAGACGUUUGAAACCUACCAAAUUAGGUAUUGCUCUUAUUCAUGGUUAUCUGAAAAUAGAUUCAGAAUUGAUAUUACCUACGAUGCGUGCUGAAAUUGAAAACCAUUUAAAUUUAAUUGCGAAAGGACGUGCUGAUUUUUAUUCUAUCAGGGAUCAUGUGCUUGAGAUCUAUCGUCUCAAAUUCAUCUAUUUUGUUGAAAAUAUCACUCUUAUUAAAAAUUUUAUUUUUUCAUAUUCAUUCACAUCACUUGCUGCAUCUGGUAAACCAUUUAGUCGAUGUGGGAAAUGUCGUCGUUUCAUGAAGCUUGUUGCUGCUAAACCACAACGUUUGCAUUGUCUUUACUGUCAGGAAACUUAUUCGUUGCCUUCUGGGAAAGAUGGUUUGUUGAGGCUUCAUGGUGAAAAUAGAUGCCCCUUAGAUGAUUUCGAUUUGAUUUAUUGGCAAGGAUCAGGAGGAAAACUAUCUACAGCUUAUGCGCUUUGUCCUUACUGCUAUAACAAUCCACCGUUUGAAGGAAUGAAAAGAGGUUCAGGGUGUAAUGAGUGCACUCAUCCUUUAUGUCCUCAUUCGAUGAUAAAUCAGGGAGUGAUAAAAUGCACACGCAGUUGUUCCGCUGGUCAAGGAGUCAUGGUGCUAGACCCACAGUCAAUACCGAAGUGGCGCAUUUCUUGCAACAAAUGCCCUGCCGUUAUAACUGUUUUCGAAGGUGCACUGCGUGUUAAAAUUUUGACUUCCCAAUGCAGAAUGUGUGGUGCACAGUUGUUUUUUGCUGAAUAUAAGAUUGGCUCUCCGCUGCCAGACAAGAAGACUACAUUUAAGGGUUGCAUUUUUUGUGACAAAUCGGUGUCGCAUUUAAUAAAUCUCAAUCAUGCGUAUAGUGCAGAGCUACCCCGACAAUAUCGCAUGAGUUUUGUUCGGCAGAAACGAGGUGGUGGUAGUAAUAACGCUCGUACAGGUCGUAUACGAACAGUGGUAAGGAAAUAA